CAGUCAUUCCUUGAGGCGGAGGCUCCAGUCGACUGCGUGUGGAGCUCUUCCACUUCCACUGAACCACUGAUGAUCAGAAAGGAUUUAAAAUGAGCCAGUAGUUCAGGUUUCAUAUCGAUCACCAAAUGGCUCUACCAUCACGCUGUCACUGUUGAUAACUUUGAGAAACAUCAGCCGCCUCCAGACUGCUGUGGAACUUAAGGACUUUCAGCUGCAGUCUUUUCUUGUCCCUUCACUCAGACAUUCUCAUCUAAUUUAAUUUAACUCAGAAGCGAAUUUUCUGGGCUGCGUGAGGCUUUGGAGGCCCAGCUCCAGCCUGUCCACUCAUGGCGAUCAACACUGAUGUUGAGGACUGGGGCGGCGUUGGCAGCAAUGACUCUGGAGAGAGGGCGUGGCUCCUGCAGAGCCCCAGCGUUGAUUCCGUUCGGCAUCCUGAGGCCGACGGCAGCAGGAGCGGAGGAGUGUCGUCUUUGGGAGCUGUGUUCAUUGUAGUGAAUGCGGCACUUGGAGCAGGUCUGCUCAAUUUCCCUGCAGCCUUCAAUAUGGCGGGAGGAGUAACUGCAGGAGUGACGCUUCAGAUGUUUAUGCUGAUCUUCAUCAUCAGCGGGCUGGUGAUUUUAGGCUACUGCUCCCAGGUUAGUAAUGAAGGCACCUAUCAGGAGGUUGUUCGAGCCACUUGUGGGAAAGUCACUGGCGUCUUAUGUGAAGUAGCCAUCGCUAUCUACACCUUUGGCACCUGCAUCGCUUUCUUUAUUGUCAUUGGAGACCAGCUGGAUCGCUUGAUCGCUGCGAUGGCUCAUAACACAGACGGUUCAGCCAGUAGUUACUGGUACACUGACCGCAAAUUUACCAUCGUUGUUACUGGGGUCCUGAUUAUUCUCCCUCUGUCCAUCCCCAAAGAAAUUGGCUUCCAGAAAUACGCCAGUGCACUGAGUGUGAUGGGAACCUGGUAUGUUACCAUCGUGGUGAUUGUAAAGUACAUUUGGCCAGAUAAAGAGGUGACUCCAGGCUAUGUUCCCACUAGUUCUUCUUCCUGGACUGCGGUUUUCAAUGCAAUGCCCACCAUAUGCUUUGGUUUCCAGUGCCAUGUCAGCUGUGUGCCAGUGUUCAACAGCAUGAGCAGGAAAGAAAUCAAACCUUGGGGACUUGUCGUCACACUCAGCAUGAUAAUCUGCCUUUUUGUUUACACAGGAACAGGUGUGUGCGGCUUCCUGACGUUUGGCUCCAGUGUCAGUCAGGAUGUGUUGAUGUCGUAUCCUCCUGAUGACAUCGCUGUGGCCAUCGCGAGAGCUUUCAUUGUCGUCUGCGUGGUCACCUCCUAUCCCAUUUUACACUUCUGUGGCAGGGCUGUUAUUGAAGGACUUUGGCUGCGUUUCCAAGGCGAGCAGGUGGAGGUAUGCGUGCGCCGUGAGCAGAGGAGAAGGAUCCUGCAGACGCUGGUGUGGUUUGUCGUCACCCUCGUUCUCGCCCUCUUCAUCCCAGACAUCGGCCGUGUGAUCUCUCUGAUCGGAGGAUUGGCAGCCUGCUUCAUCUUUGUCUUCCCCGGUUUGUGUUUGAUGCAAGCCAAGCUAUCAGAGACUGACAACCGAUCUACAAGCUGGCAUGGAUUGGUCGUCUUCGGUGUUGCCAUGGUUACACUCGGAGCUUUCAUCUUUGGCCUCACAACAACAAACUCCAUCUAUCAAGAUGUUGUCAACUAAAAGGAAUAUUUCCCCCCUCGAGACAGCGCUAUCCUUGGUAACACAGACGGAGGUAAUCACUCAGACUUGUGCUGCUGUUCUGGACUGCUGGAUGACAUGCAGCAUCUCAUGACACUCAUUUAAAAAAAAUAAAAAAUCAAGACCACUACAGCUGUCACAUCAUCUCCUCCAUACCAAGUUAAGACUUGAGAGUGUUUCACUCAAUCAGGGAGUCACCGCACGGACACCGACACCGACUUCAGACACUCUCAUUUUUAUCUCCUGUCCAGUUUAAAUAGCAUGUUUUCGACAGUGUUGUCAUUCCACAGGGACUCAGACUGUCCUCGCCUGUCUCGGGGCGACACAUUCCUGCCCUGUUUACGAGAGCUGAAGGAUUAUGUAUAGAAAGGUUUUAGAAUCAAAUUGAUUUUGAAGAAUGAAAUUGUACCAAUUUGUUUAUUUUAACUUGCAUGUCAAAGUAAUUGUUUCUCAUCAGUGAAAAUUAACCAGCUGUGGUUCCCAUCCACAGGUCCGUGAUCUAAUCCAGGUUCAGACUUCAUGUUUGUGCUGUUGAGUUUGUUUCUUGUCCAGUGAAAGACUGAAUAGAGUGAUGAGUUGACACACUAGGUCACAGCAUAUGUACUGGAUUUGACUGACAGAAUUACAAGUCCGGUCAGUUCAAGCUGAUUUGGUAAUUUACAGAAAUGUCUUCUACAUCAACUGUGAAGUUUACAACUAUAAGGACAAAACAAAGUAACGUAUUACAUUGGAAGCAGACUUAAGAAUUCAUUUAUUUAUUUUUUAAUUUUGUUAGUUUCUUUUAUAUUUUAUAGGAUUACAGUAAAAGUAGUGUGAAGGCGCUUACGAUUGGCUUUAAGGUUUGAUCAAACAAAGCUACUUAGCUCACUUAAAGCCAAUGUGAACAACAGUAACUGCCAGUCAGGCUGAGAAGUACAGUCUGUGUGUGAAUCUGUGGGGCGUCCACAACGAGCAUCACCUCCACAUUCAGGAUUUGAAAACCCAACUUCAUUCAACAGAGCUGGUUCCUCGUAGAAUGAGUUGGAGUCUUUGUGCAAGUGUAUAAAAAUAGAUGUAACCACAGAAUUCAGUUUUGCACAAUAGUAACAGUGCACUGGUUAGAGAUGGUGGACUUGCUGGGAUGAACAAGUCAAACUUCAGACCUCAAGUUUCAACCUCAAGAAUGAAAAGUUGAUAAUUAUUGUUCUUUUAGUGCCUAAAACCAAAGUGUGAGCUUUCUUUUUUAUGCAGCAAUGUCCAAAACCGUGUCUGCUGAACACUAAAGAGAACAGAUGUUGAGAUCAGUCGGUUUCCAAGUUUGUUUGAUUUCAUGACAUGAAAUUUGUCUUUGAACCAAGCUGCAAAACAAGGAAAAUGGUCAAAGGAAGACAUGGUACUUUAGACUAAACUGAGAUUUUUUCCCCGUUUUAUUUUCGUUUAAUGAGACUGUAACAGAGCCAAUAACUUAACUGAGGAUGUUGUGCAUGUUUUGAUCCAUAAUUCAAAUGAGAUUUAAGACUUUACAGUCCUGUGUUCUUCCUGAUUUAACCCACUGAAAUAAGGUGUUUUUACUUUGCGAAUAUAAGGGACAAAAAAGGUAAAAGGGAUUUUUGUUUGUCAGAAAAGCAAUUAUGUUGUAUUAGUCACACGACUAAAUACAGCGGCACAUUCAUUAUGACUUAGAGGAAGGGAAAGAAGCUACAGUGAAAGCAGUAAUCAUGUCUGUGAUCAACGCAAUGCAAUAGUUUUUAUUUUUUUCAAUCAGUGUCGUAAUACAAAUUGUUUUUAUGGUUUGGUGCUUAACUGUGUUGAAAUUUUUAUAAUUCUUUUACGUUGGUGCUGCAGAUCAAACGUUUUCUGGCUAGAAAUAUGGAUGGACAUUAACUUUUUUCCAAGAAAUCUGUUCAUCAGAAUCAUGUUUCCAUGUUGUCUUGCAAAACAGGUGACUUGAAAACAUGAUGUUCAUGGAAAGUUUUAAUGGAAAUAUUUUACGGAUCUACCAAUGAUACUCUCAUAAAUGAACUGUAAUUAAGGCAUGUGAAUAAAUCUGACAAUCCAAGAGUUCAAAGCAUUUAAUAGAAAAAGACCAACACAGGUGGAGUCGCAGUUUUGAUCCUGGCAGUUUUAGCAGAAGCAGGUUUUGUUAAAAGUGACCACUUCAUUAACUUUUGCAACAAAAUACACAAAAAAACAUCCAGCUUUACAUCAGUGCCACAGACAACAGCUUCAUAAGAUUGUUCAAAGUUUAGUCAAACAUCUGGACACAUGGAUAAUUUCUCUGGCUGUGAAUUCACUACACUUGAGUUUUACUGAAACAAUGAGAUAAACAUGAGUUUUUCACAUCUGUAUUGGUGAACACUGUAGGAUGUGUUGUCCUUUUACACAUAUGUAGUUUCCCAACAUAUAAUUUGAGGGCCAAGUCAGUCUGGUGGCAUCAACCCAACAGAGCAAAUGUGUUUCACUUGCUAAAGACAAGAUUGAAGGCUAAAUAGUGGUUUACACAAGGUAUUAAUAUGGUUGUUUUUCUCCAGUUUGUUCAUUUGUCUAAUGCAUAGAGUUGGGCUCAUGCGGCGGUGGUAGUCCUAGUUUACAUCUUGUUCUGUUUGUGCUUAUAUUCAUUUCCCUUUUAGGUCAAACCUCAUGUGGUCUGUCCUCCUUAGCCCAGCCCUGACAGCCUUUAUUAAAACAAAGGACAAUAUAUGAAACAGGCUGUAAUUCCUCCAGUGUUCACCCAAUGGAGAUAUAGCGCCACCAAAUUUAUCGGCAUCUAAAAAGUCAACACACUGAACUGUAAGAGUUGGAUGAAUUCUGAAAAAUACAAUUACAUGUCCCAGCAAUCAUUUUUUUCCCCUCUACACUGACUUCCCUGAGUGAAAUGUACCAUCUAACAAGUGAUGAGUGCAGGUGUAUUAUAGAAUGCGGUCAUUUGUACUCAGUAAGGGCCAUUUGUUAUGAAGGACUGGAACAUGUGGAAAGCUGGACUGGGAGCCCACUGAGGAACCAUGUGACCUGCACCCUGAAACACAGAGGAAAGCAAUAUUUUACAGAAACAGUCAGCAGUCCUCAACCUGAAUCAGGACCGCCUUGUAAACACAUUAAUGCAUACCUUCACCGUCAGAAAAGUGAUGUUUCCAAACCGUUGAUAGAAACCAGCAACCUGGUCGUCAUUAAUCCAGGUUUGGUAUUCAGUGGUUGCCUGUGAAGAACAAUUUAGUACAAUUAAGCAGAAUUUCUCAUAGUUGUGUGAUUAAAAAAAAUACAUAACUUGUAAAACUCUACUAGAGUUAAAGCUACCUUUAUGCCGAGGUCUUCCACAAACCAGCGGUCUCCCAGGAAGUUGCAGGCCAUGUCGGUGUCUCCGUUGUAGACUAGCGCUCGCAGGCCCAGAGAGAGCAGCUUCAGAUACACAUCCUUCACUGUGGAGUACAGGGUUGUGUACUGCUCUCCAACAACGUCACUGCAACAAAAACGGUUCAUCAUCAUGUAUCUUAAUACAAUUUAACAGACUCAUUUAUAUUUACAAAAUCACUCCUUUCUAGUCAUCUUGAACAGGAAAAUUAGCUAUUCGGCCUAAAACUCUUUUCUGUACCAUGCUGUAACUAUGUUUAUUUCUGCUGUAAAGUCGAACAGAUCUACAAGGAUUGACUCACUUUUUGAGUUGGCCUCAAGUGGCCAUUUGAGGAACUUGGCGCUUCCAUGCAGCAUAAUUUUUUAGCCUUGCAGGUUGCAGCUUUUGGUAAACAUGUCACUGACCUCCUGCUAAACUGUACUCAGUCAAGAGGGGAAAAUGCCUCCAGUUCAAAUUAGCAGGUUGUAACAAGCUGACUUUAAUUCAAACUAUAUGAAUGAACACCAUAUUAGACAUUCGACUAUUUGAAUCUGUACACAAUUGAAAAUAUAAACUACUGAAAGAGGAAAACACUUUGUAAUUUGUUCUGCCUUGAAAAUAUCGCCUGUUGUUUGGUCAAAGGCACAUUUGACCUUUAAUAAACAUUGAAAAAUGCAGCAAUGA